ACGAAUUACUAUCUUCAUGAAUAUACUUAUUUUGACCUUGAAAUGUUUGACGUUUAUCGACACUGAAAAUUUUCCACAGUUCGUACAAAUUUAUUAAAGUUAACUGCGGAAUUCUGCACAUACGUUUUGAAAUACUUUCAGACAAAUAAAAAUCGUACGAAUAGAAGGUAACUUUGGCCAACGCAAAAAUCAAUUAUAAGGUGUCCAUAAAUACGUAUAAUGUAUAAAUAUUUCUGAUUAAAAUGAAUCGAAUUCGUUUUUUAUGGAUAUUUUCUGUCUUCCUAAGUAAUAUAGGGAAAAAUGUUAUUAUUAGAUAGAUGUAUCCUGUAUAUACAUCAAAAAAUUUCAUUACAGAAUUAGUCAGUACCCGAAGAAUUAUGUUUACACAAGAAAUGAUAGAAAAGUUGCAUGCAAAAUUUCCUAAUGUACAUCAAUCAGUUGUCGUAUCUGGACCAGGUUGGUUUGAGAGAAGCUAUGACGUUCCCGAUAUUUUAAAUUUCUACAAGUCAUAUUUCAAUAUUGGUUAUCACCUCUUCCUCGUCCCUUUCCGUUAUCGCUUGAUUAAAGGAAAUAUCAACGAUGUGGAAAAAUCUACGGUUGCAGGAAAAACUCAUUGUUAUAACAUGCACCAGAAUAAAGCUCAAAAGAUAUUAACUGCAAUUUUCACACCUGUCGUAUUUUUUGGGUUUAUUACGCGCCUAAGAAGAUUUCCAUACUAUAAAUUAACUCGUACCGUCCAUCCAGCUGCGUAUUUCAAGGUAUGCAUCGAUCUGAGCGACAUCCUUCUCAAAUUAAUCUUCAUGCAAAAUAUGUGGUUCGGCUCGACAAAGUUUCUUAAGAUUUCACAGUUUAUCACAAACAACCGACACAUGAAGAUAUUUCAAAAUAAAGAAAAGAUAACUUCAAAAUGCUGCACUUACGUCAUCUGUCUGGCCCCUUUAAUUGUGGGAUUAAUUUCUCGUAUAAUGUACGAAACGGGACAAUCUCACUCAACCCCUUUCAUAUCUCGCUAUGUCGCAGAGGGUCGGUUUAAAUUCUUCUUGGACAAGGCGGCGUCUGCGUCUGUCCGUUCUUCAAGAAUGCAGGAUUCGAUGAAUUCACUUGAUUACGUGGUGGCCAUACUCACCUUAUUUUUCUCUAUAAUUUCGUCAACAUCAACCUAUUUUGCAGAAGGUCUACUUCUCAUGGGGUGCCUCACUUUAUGGACAGCGGUCAUCGGGUUCGAGACCUUCAUAACAAAUCACGGAAGUCAAAGGCCAACCUCAGUCCUCAACGAGUACCAAGUUUUAAAGAAUUUUUGCCGUCUAAUAAACGACGCGAUAUCUCCUUUGGUUUUUGUAUAUAUUUUAAACGGAAUUGUUUAUUAUUCAAAUUAUAUCAAUGGGGUUUUCAUCGUGGAUAAUUCGACAUCCGAUAAACUUUCUACGCUAUACUUUGUCUUUAAUUUUAUUGUCAUUUUAUAUUUAUGCGGCGAUCUAGCGGCAAGACCUUCUAACGUCAUAAAGAAGUGGUUAGAAGGCCAGACUCGGACGGACCAAAAUGGUGGCCUUGGCGUAAAGGAAUUUAUCAUGAUUUUGUACGACUCGUCUCAUCAUACGGUGGCAGUUAACGGAAUGUGUUUCACUUUGCAUUGGGCAACAAUUUUCGGCAUUGUUGGAACGGUUGUGACUUAUUUUGUCAUAUGCGGAACUUCUGACCUUAGGGGAAAAGAAUGGCCGCAAUGAAUAACAAAUUUUCAACUAUAAAUAUGUGCAUACUAAUUUACAUAGACGCUUUUUCAUUAAUCAUUGAUUCUUAGGAGGAUUCUUAGGCCUUGAAAUCUACAAUCAGCGUACCCACAAUCUAAUAACAAAUUGUUUUUAGCAUAGUAAAAUUUAGGUUUGAUAGUAAUAAAGCAAUUUU